CCUCCGGCUGCAACACGAUCCUGACAAAGCCAGAGACGGUGAGCCUCAGGAGGCCGGGAAUGGAAGAAGAGGCCUGGCGUCCACUAGAGAUGGCAGUGUCCGAGUCCGGGAGCAGGGCCGCGGGAGCAGUAACAUUCAAAGAUGUGACUAUGGCCUUUACCCAGAAGGAAUGGGAGCAACUGGAACCUGUUCAGAGGGACCUGUAUAAGGAUGUGAUGCUGGAGAACUACAGCAACCUAGCCUCAAUGGGUUAUGAAGCUUCCAAACCAGACAUGAUCUCCAAGUUGGAAAAAGGAGAAGAGCCAUGGUUGAGAAAGAGGAAGAGACCAAGUCAAGGUGGUCCAAGUGAAUUAGCGAGAUGUACACAAAUAGGAGCCAAAGGAGAAGACCAGCAAGAUGAUGACCAGGUAGCGAAGCACCAGGAAUCUCAAAACAAACUCUUUAGGGACACUGUGUUCAAAAAGAAAAUUCUGACUAAGAAGAAAGGCCUUGAGUGUAGUUCAUUGGGGAAAAAAAUUAAUGUGAGUACAAAACAUGCUGCUUCCCAAAAAAGGCUUCUUAAAUUUGGUUCACAUGGAAAGAGUUUGAAACAGAAUUUAGACUUACCUGGGCAUAUAAGAAACUAUGUAAAAAAGAAACCUGAUGCAGCUAAAGAACACAGGAAAUCAUUCAGCCAUAGCUUAUCUGAUACGAAGAAAGACAAACCUCAAACUGGGAAGAAACAUGAGAAAUUAUCCAGCCAUAGUUCAUCUGAUCAGCAUGACAAAACUCAAGCUGGAAAGAAACGUGAGAAAUUAUCCUGCCAUAGCUCAUCCCAUACUAAGCGGGACAAAAUUCAAAGUGGAGAGACAUGUGAGAAAUCAUCAAGCCAUAACUCAUCUUCUACUAAGUGUGACAAAACUCAAACUAAAGUGAAACCCUAUGAAUGUAAUCAAUGUGGAAAGGUUCUCAGCCAUAAACAAGGACUUAUUGACCACCAGCGAAUUCAUACCGGAGAGAAACCACAUGAAUGUAAUGAAUGUGGGUUAGCUUUUAGCCAGAAGUCACACCUUGUUGUACAUCAGAGAGUUCACACUGGAGAAAAACCAUAUGAAUGUAUUCAGUGUGGCAAAGCCCACAGUCAUAAACAUGCCCUCACUGACCAUUUAAGAAUUCAUACUGGUGAAAAGCCCUAUGAAUGUACUGAAUGUGGGAAAACCUUCACACACAGCUCAAACCUCAUUCAGCAUGUGAGAUCUCAUACAGGCGAGAAGCCCUAUGAAUGUAAGGAAUGUGGAAAAUCCUUUAGAUAUAACUCAUCUCUUACUGAACAUGUGAGAACUCAUACAGGUGAAAUACCAUAUGAAUGUAAUGAAUGUGGAAAAGCCUUUAAGUAUAGCUCAUCCCUUACUAAACAUAUGAGAAUUCACACAGGUGAGAAACCCUUUGUAUGUAAGGAAUGUGGGAAAACUUUCAGCAAGAAGUCACACCUAAUUAUACACCAAAGAACUCAUACUAAGGAGAAGCCCUAUGAAUGUAAAGAAUGUGGAAAAGCCUUUGGACACAGUUCAUCUCUUACUUACCACAUGCGAACUCAUACAGGUGAAAGUCCUUUUGAAUGUAAUCAAUGUGGGAAAGCUUUCAAACAAAUUGAAGGCCUUACUCAACAUCAGAGAGUUCACACUGGGGAGAAACCCUAUGAAUGUAAUGAAUGUGGGAAAUCCUUUAGCCAAAAGUCACACCUUAUUGUACACCAAAGAAUUCAUACUGGGGAGAAACCCUAUAAAUGUAAUGAAUGUGGAAAAGCCUUCAGUGCAAAGUCACAGCUUGUUAUACAUCAGAGAUCCCACACUGGAGAGAAACCCUAUGAAUGCAGUGAAUGUGGAAAAUCUUUCAAACUAAAUGCAUCCCUUACCAAACAUAUGAAAACUCAUUCAAAUGCAAAAUCUUAUGAGUGAAAUUAAUGUGUGAAAAUUUUUAACUGAACUGAAGGUUUUAUAUAGGUUAGAAAUAGUCUGAAUUUAAUGAAUGUUAGAAAGCCUUUAGCAAGAAGCCACACCUCACUGCACAUGAGAGAAUUUGAAAAUGGUUCUUUGUAUA